GAACACCCAAAAGCUUGAAGAAAAAAGAGGUGAUGCAGAAGGGUUUCUUCCUUUCUGAGUUUUCUGCUGGUUGUUGUAGCUUUCGCAUUUUGGUGGUGGGCACUGAGCAAUUGUACCCGCAUUGCGGAAAGGAAAGCAUUUAGAACCAAUUAAGGGCCUCUUUUGCAGUUCUCUCUAGCUCUGCUGGUUGUAAUUCAUGAUUGAAAAUCUCCAAAAUGGAAUCUGAAGUUUCCUUGUCUUUGUCGCAUAUUGUUUUGUGGAAAAAGAGAAGACAUUAAGGAAAUUUCAGCAGGAAGCUCAAGUGCCAGUGCAUCUUCAUUAAUUGCUAUCCCUAGUGGUGCCAUAAAGUAUUGAGUUUCAGGCCUCUGCAUUUUAGCCCCUAACGCACAAAGCGAUAAAUGGGCCUACGUUGACUUUUGCAUCCAAUACAAAUUCUGGAGAAAUUGUGAACACCCAAAAGCUCAAAGAAGAGAAGAGGAUGAUGCAGAAGGGUUUCCUCCUUUCUGAGUUUUAUGCUGUUUGUUGUAGCUUUUGCAUCUUGGUGGUGGGCACUAGCAAUUGUACCCACAUUGUGGAUGGGAAAGCAUUUAGAACCAAUUAAGGGCUUCUUUUGGCAGUUACUCUCUAGCUCUGCUGACUGAGAAAGGGUCAACCGCCUGGUUUGGCAAGAGCUGGCACUGGAAUAUAGUUUAGAUUUUUUUUUCUCAAAAAUGGCAACGAAGCCAUCAAGCAACAUCUGGAUCCGACGCCAGCAAUGCCCAUGUGGCGAUUGGAAAUGUUUUAUUAAAUAUGAAGAAGAUGAUCAGCCAACAGCGAGUUUGCAACUCGUGAAGAGUGAGACAUCUUCAUCGAUAUUAUCACCAUUGGAUGUCGUCUUUGCACCGUAUGUAGGUCAAAUAUUCAGAAGUGAUGAUGAAGCUUUUGAGUACUACAGUAAUUUUGCUCGGAAAAAUGGGUUUUCUAUUAGGAAAGCACGCUCUACUGAAAGCCAAAAUUUGGGAGUUUAUAGAAGGGAUUUUGUUUGUUAUCGAUCUGGAUUUAAUCAGCCAAGGAAAAAGGCUAACGUGGAGCACCCAAGGGACCGGAAAUCAGUACGAUGUGGAUGUGAUGCAAAAUUGUAUCUCACAAAAGAGAUUGUUGACGGCAUUGCUCAGUGGUAUGUUUCACAAUUCAGUAAUGUUCAUAACCAUGAACUGCUGGAAGAUGACCAGGUGCGUCUACUUCCUGCAUAUCGAAAGAUACAGGAAGCUGACCAAGAGCGCAUUCUUUUGCUGUCUAAAGCUGGAUUUCCAGUGAACCGGAUAGUGAAGGUUUUGGAAUUAGAAAAGGGAGUUCAGCCAGGACAAUUGCCUUUUAUAGAAAAAGAUGUAAGGAAUUUCGUUCGCACAUGUAAGAAGACUGUUCAAGAAAAUGAUGCAUUGCUUACUGAGAAAAGGGAAAAUGAUACAUUGGAGCUUCUUGAGGCUUGCAAAGCUACAGCAGAGAGAGAUGCAGAUUUUAUCUAUGAUUUUACUACAGAUGGAAAUGGGAAGGUGGAAAAUAUUGCAUGGUCAUAUGGAGACUCUAUUCGUGCAUAUGUUGUGUUUGGUGAUGUGGUUAAUUUUGACACCUCAUAUCGCUCUAUCACCAACGGGCUCCUUGGUGUGUGGUUUGGUAUUGAUAAUCAUGGCCGGGCAAUCUUCUUUGGUUGUGUUUUGCUGCAAGAUGAAACUUACCAUUCAUUCAGAUGGGCCAUGCAGACUUUUGUUAAGUUUAUGAGAGGAAGGUGCCCCCAGACAAUUGUAACUGAUGUUGAUUCUGGGCUUAGGGAUGCUAUAGCAAGUGAGUUUCCAAAUACUAAGCAUGUCAUAUGUAUGUGGCACAUUCUUUCCAUGGUACCCAGCUGGUUUUCUUUGCUCCUUGGAUCACAGUAUGAAGAUUUCAAGUCUGAGUUUGACAUGUUGUGUCAUCUUGAGAGUGUAGAGGACUUUGAACAUCAGUGGAAUCAUUUGGUUGCUCAGUUUGGGCUUGGUUCAGAUAAACACAUUGCUCUACUCUUUUCAUAUCGAGCAUCCUGGCCAUUUUGCUACAUUAGAGGUUACUUCUUGGCUCGUAUGAUGACAGUGGAGUAUUCAAAAUCCAUUGGCACAUUUUUUAGGAAAAUCUGGUGCACACAAACAUGUUUGCAAGCCUUUUUUGAGCAGGUCGGCGUUGCUGCCAGUUUUGUAAAUCAAUACCGUGAAGAGAUGCAGUACUUGUUCAUCAAAACAUGCAUGCCUAUCGAAGAGCAUGCACGGAGUACUCUUACGCCAUAUGCUUUCAAUGUACUGCAACAUGAAAUUGUUCUGUCUAUGCAAUACAUAUUAACUGAAAUGGCCAAUGGAUCUUACCUUUUGCGACAUUACAAGAAAAUGGAGGGGGAGAGUCUAGUCAUUUGGAUACCAGAAGAGGAGCAAAUACACUGCUCCUGUAAGGAAUUUGAACAUUCAGGAUUGUUAUGUAAACAUUCUCUUCGAGUGCUUGUGGUGAAGAACUACUUUCAGCUACCAGAAAAGUACUUGCUGCUUCGAUGGCGACUGGAAAGUUCCUUAGUUCCUAUGGAUGAUCUAAACAGUCAAAAUAGCACCGAUGAGUGUUCUCAGGCCUUUCAUUCUCUGACCGAAUCACUAUUGACAGAGUCAUUGAUCUCCAAGGAACGUUUUAAUUAUGUUCAUAGGGAAUUGACUGGCCUCCUUGAUCAUGUUAGAAAUAUGCCAGUUAUCGAUGAAGCUGCUCUGAAUAGGGCAGCUAACCAUGGUAGUGAAUCCUAGGUGUUCUGUUUUCAGAAGAUAUAUAGGGCACCAAAAGGUCGAGUAAAUACUGUGCUUUUGAUUUCAUGCAAAUCAAAUCAUACAAUGAAUAUUGGCAAACAGAAUAGAGGUGGGAGAAGUGAUAUGAACAUCACCUUUUUUCUGUAUUUACUGUGCCUUGUUACUAAGGGCUGAAAAGAAUUGGUCGAAAAUCAUUUGUUAGAUUAGAAUGUAAAUGCCAUUUAGAUGGAUUUCUGAAAUAGUGAAUUGGGAAGAUGUUUUUUUUCCUUUUAUUUUUUAAAGUUUUUCAAUGAA